AUGGAAGUAGCAAAAGUUCUUUCACACUCAAAAGUUGUACCUUUUGGUUUCUCUAUUGUGAGCAACAAUGUCUCUCUGAGACCUUUCAGCAAACAACUUCAUGCUGGUGCGGUUAAUAACAGUAAUCAACUCCACCCAAGACCCAAGGGCAUGACUUUUCAAUUGAAUUGUAGUUGCAGCUAUGGAAAACCCUUUUCCUCCUUACUUAAACCAGUAAGAAAAAGGGCUGAUUUGUUACCUCUUUCCAGAUGCUCAAUUUCCAAUGAAGCCAGCACAGAUUCUAGUAAUCCAGUCCUAAAGUACUUCAAAAACAUAUCAUUUGAUUCGAUAAAGGCUUCCGUUCUGCAGUUGACUCCAAUUGAUAUAGUAAAGUUGACGGCGAUACUGUCUGUCAUAACUACAGCCACAAAAUGGACUAUUAAUAUGAUCUUAAAUCCUUUCUUCUGGAUGUAUUUUAGCUGGACUUGGAUAUACUGGCCAUGGUUCGUGGCCGCAGUGCUUGCAGCUUAUGGGUUAUAUUGCUUUCGGAAACACGCGCUCGGUGAGGCAAACAUAUUUGAGCAAUUGGCGAUUGUUACAUCAGCUUUUACAUGGCUCACCCUUGUUCCACCAGCUUAUUUCAAUGGCUACCUUGAAGGCUGGCCUUUGGUUUUCUUUUUUGUAUAUCAUUACUUCUUUUUCUUCAAUGUUAGUGUCCGGAAACGGUUGUACGGAGAUUAUUAUGCUCGGCGUCAUGACCCGAAAUGGGAUGUGAACUUGCCAAUGUUGUCUCGCCUUUUGUUCAGUGCAGGAAUCAUGGUUGGCCAUUGGCUUGCAGCAUUCGAAGGCGCAGAGCUUAGCCUCGCACCCCGGGGGUGGAGCAAUCUUGGAAUCUGGGGUUUGAUUAUUGCAACUCUGCUGUUUCAUUAUAAUGCCACACUAUAUCUUGCUAAGUAUUCAGAAAAUGUGGUGGUUCCAACUUCUGUUGUGCAAUUUGGACCUUAUCGCUGGUUACGCCAUCCAAUAUAUUCAUCAACAGCGCUUUUGUUUGUGACAUACUGUGUUGCGCUUCGUGCACCGCUGAGUCUGCUAUUCAUUGUAGCUAUUUGUUUGUUGUAUUAUAAGCAAAAGGCAGAUGUGGAGGAGGCUUUGAUGGUUGAGUCUUUUGGCCAGAGAUACACUGAUUAUGCAAGCCAAGUUAAGUACAAGUUUAUUCCCUUUAUCUAUUAG